AUAGUUGUCGGAACUUUUACCUGGGACUUUUUAGACCACCGUCACUUAGACCGUUUUUUGGCUUAAGCAUAGGCAGUUUGAGCCUUGGAUGACGUAACGGAUCAAAACAACAACAAAAUUUUUUUUCAAGAUGAAAGACAAAGAUGGGUGGAAUCAUUCAUGAAAAAUAUCUUUUUGAAGGGCAUCUUUUGGCAAGAGAGAACCCUUCUGGUGUUUAUAAAAUAUUUCGCCAUAAUUUGAGAUGUCUGGCGAUCAAAAUCGGCGAACUGCGCGUGGAAACUCAACCGUAACAGUUCGUGCUCAGCCUUUGAGUGACAAGACUUACGUGGAAAGUGUUGUUGACUUUCUUCAUGAAGUAGUACCACAGGCUGUUGCUGGGGGCUGCAGAACGGAGGAUUAUGAUCACAUUAGUUGGGUCAAACUAGAAAAAUAUGAUAUUGAAUCAAGCAAGACUCCACAUGAAGCAAAUAGCUUGCUAUUUCUAGUUAUUGGAUACACUAAUGGCUAUCAAAUCUGGCACAUUAAGUUAAAUGGUGAAGCAGAAGAGUUAGUUUCAGUUCGUCAGGGUCCAGUGAAAGUUGUUCAUAUUGUUCAAACACCCAAUCAUGAGGACCAGAACAUUGACAUGUAUCAUGACAAACGGCCAUUGCUAGCAGUCUGUGAUGCUGCAAGUUCAUCUUGUCCUUUUUCUACUGUGAAGUUUUUGCCUUUGGGUAAGGGUGAUUUAAUAAAGACAACAGAUUUCAAAAGUGAAGUGUACAGUGUUCACUCAAAUAAACGGGUAACUAUAGUGUGUUUGUCAGAGAGGAUUGCUGUGUUAGAUGCAUCAACAUUGUCAAAAAAGUUUGCAAUAACAAAUUGCUAUCCUUCUUGUGAACCUAAUGUCAAUCCAGUGUCACUUGGUUCACGUUGGCUUGCAUUUGCUGAUCGAAAGUUACUGCCAGUAUACCAGUCAAGAGGUGGGGUCUCCUCGGAGAAACUUAUUUCCUACACAUCAGCCGUCUUUAAUGCAGCGAAGACGAUCAGCAAAGGAUUGUCGUUAGUUGGAGAAACAGUGGGUCGUUUGACUGGUUCUAAUAGCUUUGAAAGUCAAGUGAACGAAUAUCCUCAAUCGAACACAACAGCGUACAAAUCAAUGGCUCCUGGGACUGUCACUGUGAUAGACAUCGAGAACCAUUAUGAGAACGAGAAAGACGAUGAGUUAAGGGGACGAGCUAUUGCACAUUUUCUAGCUCAUAACGGACAACCGAUUGCUGCGUUGUCGUUUGAUCCUAGUGGAUCUUUGUUAUUUACGGCGGAUACAUUCGGUCAGGAUUUUCACAUAUUUCGUAUCCUGCCUCAUCCUAUGUGCCCCUCACUUGGCUCUGUUCAUCAUUUGUACACGCUGCACCGUGGAGACACCAUGGCAACGGUGUGUAAUGUUGCAUUCAAUAACGAUUCUCGUUGGAUAACUGUUACCACACGUAGAGGAACAACUCAUCUCUUUCCUAUCACUUCCUAUGGCGGAAGUGUAAGUUUACGGACACACAACAGCAGUCGUGUUGUAAAUCGAAGCAGCAGAUUUCAUACAAGUGCCGGUCUGGAAGAUCUAAAACGAAGUAGUGGUAAUCAAACUGCAAAUGUAUUUCAACAAGGCUCACCAACUAGUAGUCUCGUGGGACCGUUCACUACUGCAAAAGAUAGCCUGAUGGUUGGUAAGAAUGGUUUGGUUAAUCCCAGGAUGCCUCCCUUUCCUCCACCCGAUGUUAUUUUGGCGUGCGUUCAAAUCAAGCUAGGAGCUUCAUCUAGGGGUAGUACCGCUGGCAAUAGUACAUGCAAUUCACCCACGACCAUGUCGAGAGCAAAUGGGUUUUUUUCAACCGAAUCUGUUGCUGGUUCAGCACUAUUCGCGGCGUCUAGAGCAUGGAUUACAGGCAAUAGUAAUUCUCCUAAUCGGAUAGACUCCUCGAAAUCACCUCCUGUUGAUCCACUCUUCGUGAUCAGUAAUUAUGGAACACUCGUGGAAUUCAAUAUUGACAUUGAACCAUUGAAAAACAGUCCCCUGAGUGAAGAGAUGCCGUUUCAAGCGACAGCUGAAGGAAAAGGAAGAUGGAUAUUUUCUAGACGCGCGACAAUGGCAGAGAACAGAGCAUCUCUUGUUGACGACAUAAUCGCAUGUCAAAGUUUUAACAACAUGAACAAACCACGAAAUUCUCCACACGGAAUUACGUUAAAAGAGAGCUCUGAAAGUUUUCGAGAUGACAAUUGGCUGGCGAAUAUCGAGAUAGAAACACAUGCUCCACCUCAUAGACGACUUUGGAUGGGUCCUCAGUUUGCCUUCAAGACCUUUCAACCACCUGGGAGUAUGACUUACGGGCAAACGCCCGAAUCGGCUGGAGCAACAAUAAGGACCCACGAUGGUGACUCUUUGGAUCUGUACACAGAGGAGCUCGAUUUGCAGUCUCUACGGAUCCAGCCAGUCCGUUCAGAUCCCUUACCCACCCCCAAAGCCAGGUAUGUGCUUGCGAGUGCACGGACGAACUUUGACGAGAAUACGAUGUUUGUGGAUAACGGACCAGAAAGUUUGACAGACAUUUGUGGCUUGUGGCCUGCUGGGGAGGAACUGAUGUCACUAGAGAAUGGAAAAUUGAUUGAAAGCAUCGCAGACGCUAUGAAUGAUAUUUCGGAGCGAUCGUCAGUUUCUGAUGAUGAUGAUUUUGCAAUUUUUCCUCCUAACCUUCCUGAAGCAAGUUUAGUUAACUCUUCUUCCAGCAUGUCUCCUGACUGUUAAACCGGUAUGGGUCAAGAAGGGAAUAGAUCAAUGCUUUUCACUGUCCAUAAAGUGCAUCAGUGGCUCAGUUUCUGUCAAAGUUUUGUUGCCAUUAGCUUUCCUUGGUAUUGCUUCAUUGGAACAUUCGCCUCUUAGUUGCUCAUUUCAUAAUAUAUUUUGUAUUCUUGUUGUACUUAUUAUGUAAAGUGGUCGUAUGUAUAGUGUAAAAUAAAUGGAUGAAAAAUUUCAAAAAAAGUCUGUACAUAUUAUGUUAUAUGUACAUAAUAGUUGUAUUAAUAAUUAAAAAACAGGCUCUCACAAAAAAAAGGGGGAAAUAUAUUCUUUGUUAUUUUA